CCUGCCUUUGCUACUUUUAUUUCUGCAUUUCUGUAUACAUAUACAUACAUUUUGUUUUUAUAAGGGCUGAUUGGCGACAUUAAACACACUGCUUUCGCAUGUAAUAAUAAUAAUACAAAAUAUAAAAAAAAGAAAAAAAAGCGGCACAACAUGUUUACCGAUAAAUCCCCCAAUAUAUCCCUACGCGGGAACAAGAGAUUACUAUGCGCCGUGGGCGCCGCCUCGCUCUGCUUCCUCCUCAUAACAUACCUCAGCAUACCCACCGCACACAAAGAUGCCGUGCUGUCCGCCAUCUCCAGCAAAGCCUCCUUGACCAGGCGGCCGACGGCACGGCCAAGCUCCAACAAGAAGCACGGCUCCGUGCUGGAAGCCGCCUCCAACCGGACGCUGGGGCUCGACUCGAUCGUGUUCCUCAACCUGCCGCACCGCCACGACCGGUACGACGCCAUGGCGAUCCAGGCGCACCUGUCGGGCAUCGAGGUCACGCGCUUCCCGGCCGUCGCCGCGGCCGACGUCCAAAACGACCAGGGCAUGCCGCCGACGCAAAAGCCCGGCAAGCUCAAGGACGGCGAAAAGGGCUGCUGGCGCGCGCACGCCAACGUCUGGCAGCACAUGCUGGAGAAGCAAAUCCCGGCCGUGCUGGUGCUCGAGUCGGACGCCGGGUGGGACGUCAACCUGCGGCCGAUCAUGGGGCGGCUCAACGGCGGGUUCCGCAGGCUGCUGCAGAUGGACAACCCGGACGUCGCCUUCGCGGACGACCCGGACGACCCCUGGCUCGCGCGCUCGGGCGUCUGGGACCUGCUGUCGCUCGGCCACUGCAUCGACACGUCGCGCGGCAACUUUGUCGUGUACGACGACCCGCACGCGCCCAGCUCCGACUUCACCUGGGGCCCGGUGGAGGAGCCGCUGAACCAGAAGCGCGUCGUGUUCCGCGCCAAGUCCAUCGUGUGCACGACGGGGUACCUGGUGUCGCUGACGGGCGCGGCGCGGCUCCUCGUGCGCUCGUCUUUCAACCUCGACGACCCCGUCGACGUCAUGAUGGCCAUCAUGACCGAGGUCGGGCAGCUGCGGACGUACGCGCAGCAGCAGCGCAUCCUCGCCCAGUGGGAGUACAUUGACGGCAUCGGCAAGUCCGGCAGCAACAGCGACAUCAAGGGCAACGCGAGCCACGUCGACGGCACCGAGGAGGGCUGGGACCACGCCAGGGCGCUGAUGUCCACGGUACAGGUCAAGCAAAAGUGGUUCAAGGAUGUGCAUUUCAGGGAUUUUGCGCUGGGAAGGGCCUGGCAAAACGUCUUUGGGGAUAAGUGAGGGUUGUACGAGGUGGGGAGUUGUGGCGUCUUAGUGGUGACUUUGUAAAUGUAUCUUUUUGUUUUGUUGUAAUUAUAUCCCUAGAGCAUCGUUCGGGCAUGCGUUUUCGAAUUCAAGUCAGCAUAGAAUGGUUAAACCAUCGAGCACGCAGUAUGGGUCGGCAAAGUUCAUUUCAUCAAACUUUCAUUCGAAGCAUACUAUGCCUCAAAGAUCAACACUACACCAUCGUCACCAGCA